UGAGCCGGAAACUUUGUACAAACUUGCCUCGUCUAGGUAGUUAAUCUGAAAUGCGAAUAAACCGGAAGCUUUUAUACAUUUGCCUCGUUUUAGUAGUUAACUGGAAGAAAGUAGUGUGCCAGCAGUCCAGUAAUACAGGGUCGUGGUUUGGAGCUGACGAAUAACCAGCGGAAAACUAUGGAUCUAACUGAGAAAAUUAUUGCAUUAAGUGGUACCUGUUCAGGAAUUGUUGCACUUAUAGUUUACUGGAUGUACAGGAAAAGUAAUGAAACUGCAGAUCAGAUCAAGGUAGCAGAAACAGUGAAAUUGGGUAAAGAACUAGAAGAAAGGCUCAGCUCCUUAGAUGAUCAUCGUAUUGCAUAUGCUGCAGUGGAAGGGGUUGUCAAGGAUCUUGGAAAAGUAUUUACAAGUAAAUCUGGGGACAAACAAGGAGUUGUUAUUGAAUCACAGCUUAUUGAGCAUUCAUCAAGGAGAACACAGGGAUUUUGGUCUGAUGUUAAAAAAAUUCUGAGACACACUUUAGAUGCAGCACCAUUUGUUCUGACAAAUCCUGAGAAAUCCAAUGGGUGUCAGAUAUUAGUAACUGAGCCAACAGAAGCAGAUAACCUAUUGGAGGAAUUGGAGGUCACGCACAAUGAAUUCACUCCUCAAACCAGAAACAUCGUGCAGGCCAGCAUAGACCGCAUCUUUGGAGAGGUUUGCCGUGGAAUCCAAGAGACAGAGAGGAUGCUGCUGGUUGGCACUGGCAUGCUGGGCAUUGGUGAGAUCUUCCUUCAGGAUGGUCGAAUAAAGUUAGGGCCACCACAUGGCCUGACAUACAUUCUAACCAAGCAGACGAAGAAUCAGCUUGUUAGGCAGUACCUAUCAAAGGGCACAUUCUAUAAGGUGUGUGCACUGAUUCUAUGCAAUGUUGCAGUAGGUAUGCUGGUUUUUGUUAUCUGGAGAGUAGCCAGGAGACACUGGUAUCGCCUUAAAAUGAAGAGAAUGUUCGAGGAAAUUCAUAGACUGGCAGCAAGAAGGAGAGAAAGCAGGACACCAGGGGAUGGACUUUCAGAUGAUGAAACGUGUGUUGUAUGCUUGGCUAACCCUAGGGAAGUAAUUACCUUAGAAUGUGGUCACAUCUCUUUGUGCUCAGAUUGUGCUCAAAGGCUGCCUGAACCAAAAGUCUGCCCUGUUUGUCGAGAUCCUAUUGAAAGAUUUCUUCCAGUUUAUAGGCCAUAAUGCAAAUACCAGUGGAAUCAACUUAAAUUUCUGUAAUCAAAUGUCAGGACUGAAUCAUUCUGUCAUGUGUUGACAAGAAUUUCAUAUAUUAUAAACAGCAUAAAACACUUUUGUAGAACAUCAUGGGUGACAAACUUUACCUAAGACCGUGUGGCUGCACUGAUUCAUAGCAUUGUGGAGAGAACACUGAUAGGCUGCAUCUGCCAUGUAUGCUAUGCUUUGGUAAAUGGUUUUCUCUUUUGUUGAAAAGCUGUGUCAGUCUAGUGAGUUUUCUGCCUUUGUGAGAGUGGAUCAAAUCAGAUUUGUUAUGAAGAUACAGCUCAGCUUUUGGUAAGCACUUUUGUACAAGCUUCCUUCAGGCAAGUGUUAUGUUGGAUUUGUGACUGUUACAGUUUAACCAUUACCUAGUAAUUCUGUACUGUUUCAAAGAAUGCAGCGUAAACAUCAAGAUGAGUUUGUCCUUUAGAAAAACCAUCAUAAAUAUGAUGAACGUCAUAUUUAGUAGAUUCGAUGUUUGGUUACACGAAACUGUGACUAUGAUAAAAGUAUCAAUGAAUAUCUGCUUGUAAGUUUCUGCACCUGGGCUUAGAAAGCAGUUAUUGAAGUAUAUGAUUAGAAUUGUGUGUGCAUGUGAGAGAGAGCACGAGAAAAGGUGACACCUAUAACUUUGCAUAACAGAAUUUUUCUGAACUGUAAUUCUUUCAAUGAUUAAUACCUAAGUCACCAACAAAGAAUAUUUUUAUAAUGGCAUUUUUUUAACUGAUGCAGCGUUUAAAGUAAAUGAUGUAUUACUUUUUAAUGCCACCAAAGUAAACAUGAAUCUGAAAAUUA